AUGUCGCAGCACUCGUCGCGCAAGAUGGAGUCGUCGAGGGGCCCCCCGAGGGUCAAGAACAAGGCCGCCGCGCCCGUUCAGAUCAGCGCCGAACAGCUACUCCGCGAAGCCGUCGACCGACAGGAAGUUGAUCUCCAGCCCCCGACCCAGCGGUUUGCCGAUCUCGAGGAGCUCCAUGAGUACCAGGGCAGGAAGCGCAAGGAGUUUGAGGACUAUGUGCGACGAAACCGGGUCAACCUCAACAAUUGGAUGCGCUAUGCGGGAUGGGAGCUGGAACAAAAGGAGUUUGCGCGUGCGCGAUCCGUCUUCGAGCGCGCACUCGAUGUGCAUCCCAACUCGGUUCCACUCUGGAUUCGAUACAUCGAGUCGGAGAUGAAGGCGAGAAACAUCAAUCAUGCCCGGAACUUGCUCGAUCGUGCCGUCACGCGCCAGCCGCGAGUCGACAAGCUAUGGUAUAAAUACGUCUACAUGGAGGAGAUGCUCGGCAACGUCCCCGGAACCCGACAAGUCUUCGAUCGUUGGAUGCAGUGGCAGCCAGAUGAGGCGGCAUGGAGCUCAUACAUCAAGCUCGAGAAGCGAUAUGGCGAGUUCGACCGGGCCCGUGACAUCUUCCGGACCUUCACUAUGAUUCACCCAGAGCCCCGGAACUGGAUCAAGUGGGCCAAAUUCGAGGAGGAGUACGGUACCAGCGACCUCGUUCGGGAAGUUUUCGGGACCGCAGUGGAGGCUUUGGGCGAUGAAUUUGUUGAUGAGAAGCUGUUCAUCGCGUACGCCCGUUUCGAGGCUAAACUGAAGGAGUACGAGCGAUCCAGGGCGAUUUACAAGUAUGCCCUCGAUCGCCUACCGCGAUCCAAGUCAAUGAUCCUCCAUAAGGCCUACACGACAUUCGAGAAGCAGUUUGGUGACAAAGACGGCGUUGAAGAUGUCAUUCUGUCGAAGAGGAGAGUGUACUACGAGGACCAGGUCCGAGAGAACCCCAAGAACUACGAUGCUUGGUUUGACUACGCCAAGCUAGAGGAGUCGUCCCAGGAUGUUGAUCGCAUCCGGGAUGUCUACGAGAGGGCCGUUGCCCAAGUCCCACCGACGCAGGAAAAGCGUCACUGGCGACGGUACAUCUACCUCUGGGUUUUCUACGCCAUCUGGGAGGAGAUGGAGGGACGAGAUGUGGAGCGGACGCGACAGAUUUACAACACUUGCUUGGGCUUAAUCCCCCACAAAAAGUUUACCUUUGCCAAAAUCUGGCUCAUGGCGGCGCAGUUUGAGAUGCGGCAAGGCGAGCUCACGGCCGCGAGGAAGCUUCUCGGCCGGGCCAUUGGCAUGUGCCCGAAGGACAAGAUCUUUAACGGCUACGUCGACUUGGAGCGCAGGCUCUUCGAGUUUGUACGGUGUCGCACAUUGUACGAGAAGCAUAUCGAGUACAACCCGGCCAACUGCCAGACGUGGAUCAAGUUCGCGGAGCUGGAGCGCGGCCUCGACGACCUGGAGCGCACGCGGGCCAUUUUCGAGCUCGCGGUACAGCAGGUGCAGCUUGACAUGCCGGAGCUGUUGUGGAAGGCAUACAUCGAUUUCGAGGAAGAGGAGGGCGAGUAUGAGCGAACACGCGAGCUCUAUGAACGGCUGCUGGAGAAGACGGACCAUGUUAAGGUCUGGAUCAGCUAUGCGCACUUUGAGCUCAACAUCCCCGAGGACGAUGAGGAUGAGGAGGCGGAGGAGGAGCAGCCGGUCAGUGAGGAGGCCAAGGCGCGAGCGCGCGAGGUGUUUGAGCGGGCGCACAAGAGCAUGCGCGACAAGGACCUGAAGGACGAACGCGUGUCGCUGCUCAACGCGUGGUUGUCGUUUGAGCGGACGCACGGCGGUGAGGAGGAUAUCGAGUCGGUGCAGAAGCAGAUGCCGCGCAAGACGAAGCGUCGGCGCCGGCUUGACGACGAUUCGUGGGAGGAGUACAUCGAUUAUAUCUUCCCGGCCGACGACCAGCAGGCCACGAAUCUGUCCAAUGUCAUGGCUCUCGCGCAGAAGUGGAAGCAGCAGACAGGCGGCGACCUGUCGGGCGCAUGA